AUGGCUUUAGUGUCUCUACUACUUUCUUUUUUAACCUCGGAUUGGCUUAGGGUUUCCGCUGUAUUUUUUGCCACCUAUGUAGCGUGGUAUUACUUCAAAUAUUUUACUCGCGCGAACCCUCUGCCUGGUCCGUUACCAAUUCCAUUACUCGGCAAUUUGCUUCAGGCAAAUUCUGAUUUCGCCCUAUGGGCAGACACGUUGCAGGAAAAAUACGGAGACAUGUUUGAAGUUUACUUGGGACCACAACGUCACAUUUGGCUGGGCCGUGCUGACCUUGUGGAGAAAAUAUAUACCUCUUCGACAAAAAGUAAUUAUUUCAUCCAUCAACCAGAUUCUCACGGAGGACUCGCUGAACUAGAUAUGGCUGAUAAAGGACUAGUAUUGAAUUGUAAUCUGCAUACUUGGAAGUUUAAUCGUAAAUUCUUAACACAAUCACUGAUGUCCAAGAAUUUUCUGAAAGAAGCAUUGGAAGAAACAACUACCAGAUUCGCAGAAAUCGAAUCAUAUUGGGCUAAACAUGGUCACGAUAAAGAAUUGGAUUUUCCACAGUGGAUGACCAGAUUCUUUACAGAUUCUACGACAGCCAUGACCACUGGAAGAAAAGCAACUGCCUCUUUAGCGUAUUAUCAACAGAUCGCGAAAAAGAGUAAUAGUAAAUCUGAACCAGCUGAAACUGAAGAAUUUUUAAACCAUUUACUUACCUGGGAAUAUUCAAUGAAAUUCUUUGUUCUACUACCUCCAUUCCUCAGGAAUUACGUACCAAUAUUAUAUAAUUACAAUGAAAAAUAUAAGAAAAAUAAAGAAUGGUUGGACGAAUAUCUUUUUGGAAUAAUCAGAGAUCGUAAAUCUGAAAUCGAAAAGACACCAGAGGACAUGACAUUGCGUUCUAACGUGUUGACCCUUUUAAUUACCGCAAAUACACCAAGAGGGAUGAGUGUCGAGGUUGAAGGCUCCCUUCGAACUAUGUCCGAAAAAGAGAUAUCAUCUAAUAUGUUGGAA